UGACAAACGUAAUUGUCAAACAAAAUGUGCAAAAGAAAUUGACCAUGAUGAUGAACAUAUAUGUCAAUCAAAACGUCAUAAUUGUGGUGCACCUUGUUCUUUGCAAGCCAAUACUAAGAAGGGUUCUUAUAAAUGUCCUAACAAAUGUAUCAUUCCGUGUGAAGAUGAGCAUGAACGACAUUGCUGUGAAAAUGAUUCUGCAUGUCCAAUUCAAUGUCUAAUUCCUGAUUGUCAACGACGAUGUCAAUGUACAGAUCAUUUUCAUGCUUUGCAAUCGCAACAGAUUCAUUUUUGUGGGUAUGUACUUCAUCAAUGCCAAGAAGAUUGUCAAGAGUUAGGUAUUUGCAGAGUAUUAACUGAACCGAGAAAACAAGAAGAAGUUUAUCAAGGUUUAGUUCAAGAGACUUCUAUUACAUUCACUAAGUAUAUUCAAUUGAGUGAAAGAAUUAAAUGCUGCAAGAAAAUUCCACCUAAUGCCUUUCAUCAUGAUGGUAAACAUACUCAUGAUGAAGGCGGCUUUCAUUAUUGUGACGCCCAAUAUUAUUGUCAAGAUUCUUCAACAUGUAAAUCCAAUGCAAAUAAGCAACAUAUUGAUGUUCAAGAACAAGAAAUGUUUGAAAAAUGUGAUCAUGAGUGUGCUGAUGAAAUACAUCAGCCAACGAAAGGAUCUAACAUUAUACCUAACAGAUCAUUUUGUGAAUUACCGUUGUUUCAUGCACCUCUUAAAUUAUCUGAUGCGCCACCAAAUGCGAAUGUAAUUAUAUUUCUUUCUGAUGGUGGAUGUAGGACACCGAAAAGUCAGCUUGAAGAAAUUUGUAAAUAUAAUAGUGAUAAAGGUGAUAAUCCUUCUUUAAGAGAAAUGGCCGAGAUUGCUGGCCGAUAUAAUCCGGCAAACAAGAUUGGAAAUGCUUUACGUUGUCACUUUACUAGCACUAUGAGUGAGAUUAAUUUAGUCAAUACAUUUACUGGUGUUGCAGAAA